GCCUACUAUAAGGUAGUGCCGCUCAUGACACUUGAAAGUAUGAAAUGAAGACUUCCAGUCCAUGUAAACAGGGCUUCCUUUUUGGGCUGUAUGGGAUAUUUUAAGGGGAUCAGUUGUUUACCUAUUUGUAAAUUGUAUAGACCACUUGCGGAGUAACAGAAUAACUUUGUCUGAGUACAUAUUUGGCUGCUAGCAGAGCUCUCACUCUCUCCAUCUUCCACGCUGCAGAGGUCGAUCACAGUAAAUGGUUGCUGACCAGUUUGACCCUAAAAUUACCUGUUUGGGAGAUCAAUGUGUGCGCUAUCCUCAUGCUGACGGUUCUUACAGGCACCUUGGAAAGAUGUUUAGACGGCAGCGCUGGAAACGAAGGCUAACCUACCUGAUUGCAACGGCAUAUCUAUUGACGUUCAUAGGCCUGUUUGUGCAGCACGUUCCAGAUACGACCAGACAGAAAGGUAAAUUACCUUUCUUAUCGGGGAUGGAUGAAACUAACGCUGGACGGCCAAGACCAGAGAUUCUCGACAAUACGAGUAGGAGAGAAGUUGUGACAAAAGACAAGGAAGGGAGUAAGAUAACGUUGGCACAUCCAGAGCCCACUGAGGCGGGCUGUAUGGCCUUAGAUAACGUGGACAGAGACAAGGCACUAAUCCUCGGUCAUCGUAGAAAAGACAAAGGCUUUCUGACGAUAGGUGUGACUACAGCGGAAAGAAAGAAUACCAGCUACUUGGACCAGACUUUGAGAGCCCUCAUCAAACACACCAACGACACCGAAAGGUCGCAGAUGCGGAUCGUGGUGUUUGCGUGCGACUACCACGAACGAGGUCGAAAGGAGGCUUUGAAAGUGGUAGGCAAUUACUCCGAGCACAUUCAGAGCGGCCUCUUGCAACUCAUCAUAGCACCGAGGUCUUUCUACCCCUCCUUCUCGAACCUGAAGCAUACCUAUGACGAUUCAGAGGAGCGAGUGCAGUGGCGCUCCAAGGAAAAUAUCGACAGCGUCUUCUUAUUCGCCUACUGUGCCGGUAUGUCCCAUUACUUCCUUGAGAUGGACGACGAUCUGGAAGUAUCCCGUCCAGGAUACUUGCAGAUAAUCCGGGACUUCAUCAAACGUCACUCCGAGGACAAGUGGGUGUUGAUGGACAUCGGUUCCACUGGCUCUGGCAAGCUGUUCCGUGACAAGGACCUCCUGCCUUUGGCCCGGUUCUUGGUGCAGUUCUAUCAGGAACAGCCAGUGGAUUACCUCUUCCUUUACUUCAAGGAACUUGGCGGUCACAAGAAACGCUUGGCGAUCAAACCUACCCUGUUCAAACACUUGGGAGUGGUAUCCACGCUGGACUUAAAAAACACAAAGAAGGAACACAGAAAAGCAAAGGCCAGGACCUAUGUGAAAAAGGUCUAAUAACUAGCUGCAUAAAAUAUGAUACCAGUGGCGUAUUCAGGUUUUGGUGGGGGGGGGGAAUUCAAAAGCAAAUAACCUUUCGGGCUCAUUCACUUUGGUAAUAGGGGGGAGAAAUAUACCCCAUUUAUUUUGAUAAAUGACUAUACAGUUUCGUUUCUUUCCUACUCACCUAAGAAGUAAUUUUCACUUUUAAAAAAAAAUUAAAAAUCACAAAAUACAAAAAUAAAAGUUGUAGAUAGCCAUUCAACCCAUUCUCCUUGGUCUUCACGAGCCACCAUAUAACUCUCCGUAACUGCCUAUGUGUGAAUUGAAGUGACCGCGCGGCCAUCUUAGGAUAUUCAAUACAAUAGUGCCUCAAGCUUCGGUCCAUUUACUAAGUGUAUUAAUGCACGGCGCUAAAGCCGGUGACUUGGAAGCUGCCCGUGCAUUGAAUAGCCUAAGAUCGCGCACAGUCACUUCGAUUCGCAGAGCAGAGCUGCUCUUGGCCGCGGUUUAAAAAAGUGCAAUAUACAUGCACUACAAGGAGAUUCGUCCCUGUAGCAGAUUAGAUUUUGGAGGGGGUUAAAUUGGUCAAUUAAUUAUGUCUUAAUCAAAGGUCAAACUUAGGGGACUAACUCUCUUCUGCUAAUUAGGCUGAAGACACUGAAAAUUCUGUCUCUUUGUAACAAAAUUUACACCACAUGCUUUCGAUAUUGUCAUAUUUGCAUUGUUCCGUCCUCUGGGCAGAUCAAAUUUUGGAGGAGGCUAAAUCGGUAAACUAGUUAUGUCUCAAUUAAAGGUCUCAUGGGGGAAUCCCUCUCUUCUGCUUGCAUAGUGCAAUAGGUAUUAAACGUGGCUGAAAAUACUGCCUCUUUAAAUCAAAAUGUACACGACACACUUUCAGUAUUGUCAAAUUUUACUUCAUAUUUGGAAGCGUAGAAAGGGGUUCCCCAAAUGCGCCGGUUCACCUCCAAAAUUUAAUCUGCCUUGAGGACUAACGAAUGAAAAUAGGAAAUAAAAUUGGACAAUAUCUAAAGCAUGUGGUGUACACUGUAUGUGGUGUACUGCCGUUCCAGUGUCAGGUUAUCAGGUUAAACUUACAUUAAUUUAUUUGUAAGAGGGACUUUCAACUUCUUUCAGGCAGCACACUUACGUACAUUUCAGAAGUCCAAAUAAAGUUUUGUUUGGAAAAUUUUAAAAAACAA